AUGAAUUCGUUACCUAUUGAACUUACCGACCAGAUCAUCUCCUUACUGCCGAAGAGGAGUCAGUUAUCGGUUCGUCUGGUCAACCGACGGCUCUGCGAACUAGCCACCGCCUCCGUGUUUCGCCAUGUCACGACUUACUUUUGCAAGGAGAGUUUGGAGAGAUUGGAGAGCAUCGCCUCGACGCCACGGUUGGCGAGGCAUGUUCGGAAUUUCGAGUAUGUGUUUGUAGGUGUUUACAGUACUUGUUCGUCCCCACCCCCCCGCUUCACCCGUCUUACCUUCCCAAAAUUAAUCGGGUUGACAAUGGGCGAAAACUAGCCAUGUCCUUCACGCAUUUCAAGACCAUGCUGGCCCCGCCAGGCCGUGCCUACCACGGGGAGCACAUGAAGACCUUCUACACACACUACGAGGAGCAAUUCACGGAACACAACUCCCUCCUCCCUCUGGAGCCGCGGGUGCUCCGCCGGGCAGUGUGCGCAUUCCCGCACCUGCGCUGCGCGGCGCUCCGGUAUGGGAAGUUUGACCACGCAUAUUACGACGAGAGCUGGUCCUACACACUCAGGGACAUCCCGCUCGGUGGGAAACGCGCGCAUAAAGCCCUCACCGAGGCUCUGGCAAAGAGGGCGGAGAUCGGGGGUGGGGAGGAUGUUUUGCCGUUGGAAAAGUUUGAGGCCACGAGGAUCCCGCAGAUGCCGUUUGAUGAAUUGUUGGGCUUUGGCUGCGGCGUUGGUAACAAGGGGCUGGUCGAGAUGCUCACGACGGUAAACAUUCACAUUGCAUCACAGAAGAGAGCGGUAUACGCACGCUUCCCCAGAAGGAUGGAGAGUGAGGACGUACUGCUGGCGGACGUGAUCUCUAGGAUGAAGAACAUCACGAACCUCCGAUUCUGGAUGGAGGAUUGUGAUACAGUCUACUGCAACGAUGCGUACAUCCCGCUCUUCCCCAUCUCGCGUGUCCAUGCUUCGCUUUCUGUAUUGUUCGUUCAGGGGUUCAAGUUCCUGGAAGGGGACCUGCUCCCGUUCAUCGGGCGCCGGGGCGCCUCUGUGAAGGGGCUUUUCGUGUCCAACGUUGCCGUCAUCGGGAGGGGCGUGGGCGAUGCGGUCGAAAGGGUUUUGUCCGCCCUCUCGAGCGCAGGCGUAGUUUCAUUGCUUGAGGCCCCGGUGUACACUGGCAUCGAAGGGCAGGAAUUGGUGCUGAGUCCUGCGUCCAGUGAGUUUGGUAGACCUGGAGGAGAUCAAAGGUGGGAGGUCAAGAGGGAGUUUGAGAGGAACCUUUUUGGCGCGGUAUAG